AUUUUCAACCUGAUGAAAUUUGACAGCUACGCACGUUUUGUCAAGUCUGCAUUGUACCAAGCAUGUGCAAAGGCGGACAGCCAAGGGCAGCCCUUGCCAGAACUGAGAUCCAGCUCUCAGUCUGGCAGCCCACCCACCGAACAUAGUAAGAAAACAAAACUAAAGGCAGGGAAAUCGCUACCGUUAGGAGUGGAGGUAGCUGGUAACCUGGCUGGGAGGAGUCCUCGGAGAUCCUUUCGGAAAGGAGACCGGAGGGACCGUCCCUGGGGAGAGGAGAGAAAUGGUGGUGAGGGACCAACCCCCUGGCGUGAAUCCCAAGGCUCUUUGAAUUCUUCAGCUAGUCUGGACCUGGGCUUCCUAUCUUAUGCAACCAGUGGCUUGCAGGCAGAGAACCACAGGAAGAGUCUGACUGGCUCGGAAUCUGACAGUCAGAACCAUCCCAUUAAAUAUUGUUGCAUUUAUCUGCCUGAUGGGACUGCAUCUCUGGCCCCAGUACGUUCUGGCCUCUCUAUCCAGGAGAUGUUGGCUGGAGUUUGUCAGCGUCGUGGCCUCAAUUUACCUGAUGUAAAGAUCUACCUUAUGGGAAGUGAAAAGGUCAGUCCCGCUUGCUGA